GGGGGCCCGAGGGGGAGGGUUGCCCGCGGUGACAAACGGAAGUGGCGCUGACGGCUCCAGACCUUCGCCGCCAAGCUGGGAACCGGGGAGAUGGCUGACACCGACCCCAAGAACGUGCAGGACCUCACCUCAGUGGUGCAGACGCUCUUGCAGCAGAUGCAGGAUAAAUUCCAGACCAUGUCGGACCAGAUCAUCGGGAGAAUCGAUGACAUGAGCAGUCGCAUCGACGAUCUGGAGAAGAACAUCGCCGACCUCAUGACCCAGGCUGGGGUGGAAGAGCUGGAAGGUGAAAACAAGAUCCCAGCCACACAGAAGAGUUGAAGGUUGCUGAUGUUUUCCACUGAAAUCUGGAGCAUCGUCUUCGACGCCAGGAAAAGCAAGUGGCUUUCACACCCACUGCCCUGCGUGGCUGGGUUUAUCUUCCAGAGCACAUUGCUACCAUGUCCUGUAAAGUUAGUUUAGAGUCCGCCCCACCCCCCCCAAGUUUCCCAAACAUGGUGUCUUCACAUCUAGACACUUGGUCAGUUGUCACCUAAUUAUUAAACACUGAAAUUUUGGUAGUUCCUGCAUAAAGUUUUCCAAGUUUUUAGUGCAUUUUGUGAAGUCAUUUUCUCCUGCCAUUCUUUUGUAGUAAUUGCUGUUUGAUACAAGUUACUGUGUAAUUUUUAUUAGAGAAAUAGUAACUCCUUUUAUUGUUCGAUGUAGUGAUGUGAGACAUUUGUAGUUUAGGGUUCUUUUAUUCUCAGCACAAAGUGACUGUUGAGUAGUUUGUUGACCAUACUUGCAAAGGACUAAAUGCAUGUGAAGAUUUUUUUAUUCAGAAAUACUGUCACUAAUUACUCUAUUGCCAAAACUCAGAAUUGAGCUUGAGCACUGAGGUCAGUGAUGAGUCCCCACCUCCUUACCGUGUUGAGCCUGGUGGAGCGAGGUGCUCCUUUGUUAGUGCAUGAGAUUCUAGUAACUUCGUCCAGACCCUACCAGUGUUACCACAGACACCUGGCAGGAUUUUAAAUCUCAGUGACCUUAGACCUUCUUUAAACUACAGAUGGAAAGAGAGGAGAGAGAAACUGGAUCGAGUCUGUGCCAGUCACGUGGCUAGAAAAGGCUGAGUGACCAGUAGGAACCUCUGGUGGUUGAGUAACAUUUUUUGCCGAAAUUCUUGCAGAGUAUCAGUUUUAUUGUUGAUCCUCGAAGGCAGAGACAGUAACUCUUGCGCUCAGAUUGCAGUGUCUGGUGCUAAGAAGCCAGCAUUAACAGUCUGGAAGGCAAGCCAGGCGACUGAAACCCCGCAGUGCUUUCAGACACUGUGGGGGAGACCUUCAUUCAGAAAAACCUGUUUCCCAUACCACCAUUCUUGGUUGUACUGCACAGAAAUGUUUAUUUAAAAUUAUCUGGGGAACACACAGGAGUCAAAUCUGCUAAAAUGGAGUCACCACGGUCCUCCUUCAGUCAGUAGGUGGUGCUGUAUUCCCUUAACAUCCCAGUUUUGAGCUCUGGCCAGUCUGGCUGAAACUUGUGUGCAAAGCCUUCUUUCUCUAGGCCCCUAAAUGGCAAGUGGCAGCCAGGGCUGCAGGCAGUGGGGCUUGGGGAGGAGCUGGCGCCCUGGACCACAGAUUUCAGAGGCAAGUCUCCAACCAGAACUGUCUGCCGUGAAUAAAGGUGCCUGAAAUCCUGCCACUGGA